GUUGAUUCUGCUUUUGAACAGACUUCGCGGUUUGCACUGUUCAAAGCUACUUAAACUUUUUAUUUCCGAGAUAUUCCCGUAUUCUUACUGGAUCUUUUACGCAUUAGGAUAGAGUUUCUACCAUUUUUUCUUUGUUUUUGUGAUUUGUAUUUGUGCUCGGUAUUUGUGGUUUGUGUUAACGUUAGCGAAGAUGUCUCGACAAAAGAAUAAGCAGAAAGCCCAAGAUGCAGACGCGAGCCUGGAAAUCGUUGAACAGCAGCCACAACAACAGGAAGAAGAAUCCGGAGAUGGAACUUCGCAACAUAUUUCUGUGCUGAAAUCUCGCGUAAAUCUGGGAGAAAAGGAUAUCAGAGCUUUAGUAGCUGCUGGUUUCAGCACUGUUGAAUCUGUUGCCUUUGCUCCUCUAAAACAUCUACUGACUGUCAAAGGCAUUGGAGAAUCCAAAGCUGGAAAGUUACACGAUGAAGCCGUCCAGAUGGUGCCGAUGGGUUUCAUGACGGCCACGGAAAUGCACGCCAAACGCCAGGAGAUCAUCCAGAUCAAAACGGGCUCGGUGGAGUUGGAUAAACUGCUAAAUGGUGGCGUGGAAACCGGAUCCAUUACCGAGAUGUUUGGGGAAUUUCGGACAGGGAAGACGCAGCUGUGCCACACUUUGGCCAUCACGUGCCAGUUACCCGUGGAUAUGGGUGGUGGUGAAGGAAAGUGUCUGUACAUCGAUACGGAAGGGACUUUUCGACCUGAGCGUUUGAUCGCCAUUGCGGAACGUUAUGGAAUGAAUUCUACUGACGCAUUGGAGAACGUCGCGUACGCCAGAGCUUACAACACCGACCACCAGUUGACACUUCUCCAGAUGGCUGCCGCCAUGCUGGCCGAAUCCCGUUUCGCCCUCCUGGUGGUAGACUCCGCUACUGCACUGUACCGGACGGACUAUUCGGGCCGCGGAGAACUGGCAGCUCGCCAAAUGCACCUGGCUAAAUUUCUGCGCUUCUUAAUGCGACUGGCCGAUGAGUUUGGAGUUGCUGUGGUUAUUACGAAUCAGGUGGUUGCUCAAGUGGACGCCAUGGCUUGUGGUGGAGAAACUAAGAAGCCCAUCGGCGGAAACAUCAUUGCUCAUGCCUCCACCACACGGCUAAUGAUGAAGAAAGGGAAAGGAGAAAAUCGCAUCUGCAAGGUAUAUGAUUCCCCGUGUUUACCGGAAGCCGAAGCGAAAUUUGCCAUUGAUGUUGGCGGUAUCGUGGACGCAAAGAAGGAUGACGAUUGAGUAUUAGAUCUCCUUACCGUUGCCAAAGUACGUUUUCUCUUAUUGUUCCUUUAUUCCGCUGUCUGUAUAGCCUUUACUAUAACCGGCCUAGCAGGUCCGAAGUCUUGGUCCGAAAUUUUAUUCAUUGAUUGAUAUUCAUAUGUAAAAAGCAUUAUGUGCAUCUCACAUACUGUUCUCGAGAAAUUGUCGUUGGACCUUGUUGUUUAUUGUUUGGAGAAUAAAAUACUGACGUUU